UUAUAUUAAGUUAUUUUUCCAGUAACCCGUAACAGAUCCACCCACGUUAAUAAACGUAGUUUUUUUUAUUAUUAAUAUAUUGAAAUAGAAUAUCGAUAUCGAUAUUUCUAUUUCAAUAUAAUAUAUCAGCCAUCGAUAUUUAAGAAAUCGAUACAUCGAUAAUGACAUCAGUUUGCGCCACCCUACUCACACACCACACCCAUAUAGAUUAGGAAUACCGCAAUCCACGGUUCGAUUACGACCAAAAGCGGAAUUUCAUACCAUCAUCUAUAAAAACCCAUACGACACACAAAACGGCGCUCAGUCGCUCGAUCAAUCUCAUAAAACUAUAGUAGGUACAUGAUUAUACUGUAUUUAUGUUCUUUUAAAAAUAAGAAUGAACCAAUUGUAAUAGGUACAUUUUUGAUUAUUUAAAUAUUAUUUCAAAAUACCUCUCUUGCAGUUUGAUAUUUAGUAUUAAUUGUUAAGUAAAAUCGUGCAAGAUAGUUCUGAAAGUUCUACGAAAGAGAACGAUUUUAGUCUGUCGAAAUGCAUUGCCCAGAGCGGUACAUCAAAAACAACGGUAUACAGCAGAAGGCAGCCAAGGAUACCUUGACUGCAUAUAUUGAGAAAAUGGCGUGGACGUCAAACGAAAUAGUUUUGGACGUAGGAUGUGGACCGGGAGACGUAACAUCGGAUAUUCUUUAUCCUUUUUUGAAAAAUAACAUCAAACAGUUGAUUGGCGUUGACAAAUCCGUAGAAAUGGUAGAAUAUGCUAAAACUUUUUUUGGAUGCUCCGAGAUGGAUUUCAAAGUUCUGGACAUCGAAGACGCCAACAACUGCGGUUCUUCUUAUUCGCUCAGAUUCAACAAAAUAUUUUCAUUUUUCUGCUUUCACUGGAUUCAUGAUAAAGUCGGUGCCUUGCUUAAUAUGCACUUGAUGUUGAAAAGUGGUGGAGAAAUUUUGAUUGACUUCUUGUUAAUCAAUCCGUUGGUUGAAUUGUAUAAAUUUAUGGACGAAGAAUGGCAAAAAUAUAUUAAAGAAAUAAAGCAGAUGUCAAAAGAUUCAUUUUCCCAAGACGAAUUGAGAGGAAUGUUCAUCAAGGCUGGAUUUCGAAUUAUCAACAUGGAAUCAAAUGUCAAAACAUAUACAUUUCCAGACUACUCAUCAUUUUUAAAUUGUGUCAGAGCUAUAGAUGAUAUGUACACCAAUUUGCCAAAACAUUUACAUGACAGAUAUGCCACACAUGUUAAAGAUAAAAUGCGUGAGAAACAAGUAAUUGAAAUAUGUCCAAUUACAGGAGAAACAAUUUUUAAAUAUCUUCCUAUUAUUGUGCAUGCUAUCAAAGAUUAAAAUUUAAAACUGGAAUAUUAACUAUAUCAUAAUAAUGUAUAAGUACCUACCUAACAGGGUUAUAAUAUAUUACCGAAUUGAAAUAAUAUGAAAGAAAAUAUUUAAGAAACAUUAUAUAUUAUUGUUAUGAUAAUUUAUAAUAUACAAUUAAUAAAAUAAAAUAAAUAAACAAUUUAAAAGCA